ACGCCCCGGGAGUGCCCACUCCUGCCCCAGUGCCGCUGGUGGACAGGCCCCGUCCUCGUGGACAGUACAGUGACAGGUGUUACACUCUGCAAGUGACAGUUGGCAGUGUUAGGUAGUGAGCCCAUCACAUCCACUUGGAUAUACUUCGCUACUGUGAGUGACUCAACACACACUUAAGUGUGUGUUGAGAGCAGGACCAGUCCAUUGUAGUGGAGGGGAGGACACGACGCCUGUGUUGAGUGCAGGACCAGUCCAUUAUAGAGGAGGGGAGGACACGACGCAUGUGUUGAGAACAGGACCAGUCCAUUAUAGAGGAGGGGAGGACACGACGCAUGUGUUGAGAACAGGACCAGUCCAUUAUAGAGGAGGGGAGGACACGACGCCAGGAUGAAGGUGGUGUUGGUGGUCCUCAUGCUGGUCGCCAUCACCCAUGCAGGAAGCUUGCCGACCAACAGGAACGAUUCGGCUUCCUACGACAAUGGUAGUGGUUACGACCCUAGUGCCCGUGAUCAUGGCAGGCGUCCUUACAGCUACAGUAACCGUGACUAUAACAGCCAUAAUUACAGCAGUGAAGAUCACGACAUUCCUAACCACAACAAUCGCAGAUAUGAAAUACCACCACAGGGAAGUCCUGGUUAUAGUAACCAUGAUCAUGUGAGCCCGGGCUAUGACAGUCCCGCCUAUGACAACCGCAGGUACGACAGACUCGACGAUGUCAACAAUGAAUAUGGGAGUCCCAACUACAACCAUAGAAAUGACAUUCCAGAUGUUGAUAUUCUUCGCUUAGAUAGCCACAAAAAGGAGAGUCCUGAUAACGAGGAGUCACUGCAAGAAGACUAUGAAGAAACAACACAAGAGGACCCCGACUCAGUAUUCACUGAAGGCCCAGUGUGCGCUAUGGUGUGCCGCCAUGCUGGAGAGGGAGUGUUCGAGGCCGGCCAGCAGUACCAGUACGAGUACCAGGGCCAGGUGACGAGCAGGGCCCUGGCCACCCACGGCCGGGAGUCCCAGAUGGCCCUCACCGCAACACUCGUCAUCUCCGCCAACACUGCUUGUGACCUCAAGCUCCAGGUUGUGGAUGUCCUUAUUGAAGAUGUCUCUGACGAGGACUCCCUGUGGUUCGCUGAGGCCGUCCAGAACCACGACCUCCACUUCAGUUACCAGGGAGGGAGAAUUGAACACGUGUGCGCUCACGAAGACGAAGAUGCUGUUACCACAAACUUCAAGCGAGGAAUUCUUUCAACGUUACAAACCAGCUUGUUAAACUUGGAUGAGAGAGAUGAGGUCGUGGUGCAGGAGAGAGAUGUGUCUGGGGAAUGUGAGACGUUGUACACCAUAAGUCAUGAACCCAACGACGAUUCCGGCAUGAUUGUAAACAAAACUAAGAGAGAGUGUCGUGGCAACACCCACCUUCCGUACCUCCCGCACGCCAACCAUGCCUUCCACACCCCCACCACCGACCUCCCUAUCUUAAGGAGCAGCCAGUCAUGCCAGAUGCAGCGCCACUGGAGUGCGUGGGAGCGAGUGGAGUGCACCCAGGACAUUGUUGUAGGUGGUCCUCUAGAGCCUGCUGUCACCCAGUCCUCACAGGCGUCCUUCACUCUCGUCUCCAGCCUCCUCCUUCAGGCAGGUCCCUAUGACGUCCAGGACGCCUUCGUGCAUGGUAGUGGACGAAGGAAAAUCAAAUCCCUGGAGAUGGACCUUGAAGGAGCUGUACACAGUGAGGAAACCCGGCAGACUAACAUCUUUGACCAGAUUGGAGAUACUCUGGAGAAGCUUGUGAUCUCGACCACGGGAAAGUUGGAGGAAGAAGAGGAGCGGCCACACAUGUUCUCCAGGCUGGUCAGCCUCCUGGGCUCCCUCAGGCACCUGCAAGACCUCCAUGAUGUAUGGAACACCUAUGGCAGUCACCAACUCUACAGAGAGAUUGUUGUGGAUGCUCUUGUGGUGUGUGAGAGAGGCCCGUGCGUCCAGCUGGUGUCCGGCCUGGCGCACGAUGGCGACCCCGCGCUCCCUCCCUCCACACUCUCCACCUGGCUCGCUGGACUCCACUUCCACACCCACACUGAUCCACGCGCCAUUUCAUAUGUUCUGGAGGUGGCUGAGAGCCGGGAGGCAGUGGCGGCGGAGGCGGUGAUGGCCGUGUCCAGCAUGGUGUACAGGGUGUGUCAGCAAGACCCUCAUCACUGUCGCCAACACGCACGACCAUUCUUAGAAUACGUGAGAAAUGAAGUUGGUGACUCUUGUGGGCGGAGAGACUCGGACGACCGACACCAGAAUGUCAAACUGAUGCUUAGAGCUCUUGGCAAUGCUGGAAUACAACCUGACAAGCACUUCUCAGAGAAGUGCUACAUGAAUCGAGGAUUGCCGCGUGAAGUGCGCAUAGCGGCCUUGGAGACCUCGCGGCGUGGCGGCUGUCUCCCUCUCAAGUCCCCCUGGAAGAUUCUGGAGGACGCUGAGGAGAAGAUUGAUGUGAGAAUCGCAGCUUACCUCUCACUAGUUCCUUGCGCUACCAACUACCCAGGCUUCUUCAGUCGGAUUCAGACUCUCUUGGAAAAAGAGGAUGUAAAUCAAGUUGGGUCGUACAUCUGGACUCACAUGUGUAACUUGGCGGAGCAGCCGGGCAUCAGCCAACACAGCCGCCAGCUGACUAAACUGGUGGCUCAGCACUCCCUUCAGGACAAGUUCAACACCAACCCUCUCCGCUCCUCCCGCAACUAUCGCUAUGCUCACUAUAGCCAGAUGUUUAACUUUGGUGGAAGUAUAGAUGGUGACGUGAUCUUCACACCUGAUUCUUAUCUACCCCGACGAGCGGCCCUCAACCUCACUCUCGACCUCCUGGACAAGUCUCUCAAUAUCUUCGAAUUUGGUGGCGACUUUAGUGGCCUGGAAAAGUAUGCUGAAAGAUUUUUCGGUAAAAAUGGAUAUUUUGAGAACGAGGGAAUUGAAAAGAUUCUGGAAAGUCUCAGACCAAAGCGAGAUAUUCAAGAUGAAAAGAUUCAAGAAUUCCAGAGACUUUACGACGAGGCGAGAACAGUAAAUGAAUUAGAACCCAGCAUAGACGAGGACCCGAGAGCAUCUGUAUAUCUGAGGGUGUUUGGCAACGAAGUACUUCACUUAGACAAUGCCCUCAAGGCCAAUCCACUACACUUCCUGCAGCAGCUAAUUAAAGAGUUAUCAACACCAAAAUCAUUUCAGAUUGUGGACCAGGAGCUCUUGAGUUCAACUUUACUGGGCUUUCCCCUGAGGAUGAAGGUCAACGCUACAGGCAUAGUGACCUUCAGUCGAACUGGCAAGUUUGAAAUGAGCGGUACUCAAAGAAUUCUUCUUGAAGGCAAAAUCUCACCUUCUGCAGUUAUGGCAACGGACGAAAUGAUUCUGGUUGAUGGAUAUGUUUGUUCUAGUGGAAUCAGAAGAACAACAACUCGUUUGGCACGCUCAGAUUUUGGGGGGAAGUUUUCACUGGAAAAUGGACAGAUUGUUGAUGUCCAAUUUAAUGUUCCUGGACAAGAGGUGGCAACAGUGAGCUCGUCGGUGAAAGUUUCACUCUACAAAAAUUUGAAAAGGGGCUGGGAAGAGCAGUUGCCAGACUCACCACUCACACCGCAGAAGUAUUGCUCACCAGAGAGCUUCAGUACUGUUCUUGGUCUUGAAGUAUGCAGGAGUCAUAGUUAUGGCACUCGUACUGCUUAUGGCAAAACUUACCUCAGUGAACCCUAUGAUACGAAAGUUACAGUUGCCAAGACAGACGCAUUUGAACAAUAUAUAGUCUCAUAUAAAAAGAUAGACAGUACUGUCACUGCUCUCUUUGACACCCCUGGUUCUUCCAUUGACAGAAGAGUAUCCUUUCAAGCCGAGGUCAAGCCAGAAAGUGCAGAAGGCUCUAUUAUAAUACCAGGAAAAGGUAUCGAAGCGCAAUACGAGAAUUCUGACGCUUUACAAAAAUUAAGUCUUCAGUUUUAUAAAAGUUCUAAGCUUGAAGGAGAAUUUGAAAUUUCUCUUCAAAACAUAAAAGAACGAAAUUAUACUGAAUAUUCUCCUAAGCUGCACUUAUCACUGAAUAACUUUGUUGAGAUACAUGUAAAUGGGACUCUGCUAAUGGGCCCAGAUGUUUUCAAAGUGAAGGCAAGCACCAUGACCAGUCUCCAAGCAGAGCCAGCAGAAGUCGAAGCAUCGUGGGAGCGCGGCGACGGGCGUCACGCAGCAGCGGCCAAGAUCACUCUGGGCCGGAGCUUCACCUCCACGAGGGCCAGCCUCCUCGUCAGCCCCGAGCACCUGGUGGUGGAGGCGACGUGUGACUACGGCCACGACCUGGCCACCUCUCACUCGCUCUCCCUCACACUCAACUCCUCCCUCGUCCUGGAGAGUGGGCUCACCACCUCUCGCGGGUAUUUAGCAUUCAAGUCAAGUCAAGCUGAAGCCAUGAUGGAUCUGAGCUAUCAAUACCGGCCAGGAUUCGCAGAAGCAAACUCCAAUAUUACAAUCCUCGGUACUCAGAUGAGCUCGAGGUUGGUGGCGAGGGACCUGGAGGAGGGAGACUCCAGAGACCUGGAGCUGAGCCUCAGCUUCGUCAGUCCACAGUGGCCACAAGACUACCUGGGCCGGCUCAUAUACAAGGAAUCGGAUAAUGCCCUCCAAGCUGAAGUCGAGGUCAACCUUGGGUCACUGGUGGCCUCCAAGAUGUCGGUGAGUUACCUGCUGGAAGACGAUCCGUUCCACAUGCUCGCUGGAUUCCAUAUUCAGCUUAAUGACUAUAUGAUCCAGGCUGCCUACAACAUUGACCUCAGCAAAGAUGAUCAAGCUCUGAUUCUAGUGAGCAGUAAUGUUGGGGCGGCAUCUGUACUGCUCCACCUGGAGACCAGACAUGGCUCCACGGAGCCCCUCACCGUGUCUCUGGAAGCGUUUGCUGGCUUUGGCAACCUCGAGGCUUGGGUCUCAACCAUCACCUCCUCUGACCCUAACUGGCAACACUUCACUGGUAAAACUGAAGUGAAAUGGUUCACCGAGACUGUGAGUGUUGGCCACGAUCUUUUGUGGAGGGACGACGACAAGCAUGUGAAGCUCUCCUGUAGAGGGAGCUCUGUUGCAGCUGUUGUUAAGACGUCUCCCAGUCCACUACUAGAGGUGGAGGUCCACACCAACACUGACGACAACCACCCACACUUCAAGGUGGCUGUAGGAAAACAAGAGGUUGGCGGUAGUGAAGCCUACGAGGCUUACAUGACCUUGGGACCUGACACACUCUUCCGUCUCGCCGCUACCUUCAACAGUAAUGGAACGGUGAGCGGGAGCGUUGGUCUGUUAAAGAGCGAGGUGAAGGUGUCUGGUGAACACAGCCGACCUGACCCUGACCACUUGCAGGGGUCAGCACAAGUGACCUUCACAUUACCCUCAGGCCAAGCCUUCACAUCUCACUUCAACCUCUCGCACUCCUUCGAUGGCGUGACCCGGGACUUUAAGAUUUGGCAUACAUACAAGGGCGAGGUGAUAGAGUGUGAGGUAAGGACGCAGCACCGGGACGGAUGGUUCACGGACGACACUCAUGGCUUCCUCUUCUCCCUCGCAACUCCUUUUGCUCUCCUCAGUAAACUUAGAUUUGCCUUUGAGAAGCAUGACGAUCCCUCAACAGCCGACUUCCUGGAGUUCGAAUGGGAGGAGUUAAAGGUUCGUGGUGAUGUCCAGCUAAGUGACGUCAACAACUUGGAAGUUAAGCUGGUGUAUGAAAAUGGAGGUACUUGUGACUCGCAACUUAUCUUGCAGCACAAGUAUGAUGGUGAGCAGUACGUGACGGGAGCCAGCCUGGCCCUGACACAAGCUCACGCUCCCUGGCAAGUUGAGGUGGUCACUAGUCUGGGCCAGCCUGGCAACCAGCAAGCUACACAUAUCAAGUUAGAUCUUCAGUCUCCCUUGUUAGCAGAACCUUUCCAGCUGCAUGUAGAGUCUGAUACCUCUGAAAACCGCCUAAACUUUCAAAUUCUGGCAGGUAUGGUGGGAAAGUUGUCACUUACAUUAUCCAUGAAGGAAGAGCUGGAGGCAAGCACGCGCAAGUUUCUUGCCAGUCUGGACUUGGAUACUCCUUGGACUGACCCCCUGCACCUCAAUGUGACAAAUUCCUAUAAUGAAGACAGCUUCAUUACUACUCUUGAUUUCUGGUCGUUCUUGUACCCAAUAAACUCAAUAACAGCUGAAUUAAAGGCUUCAUAUGCGGAUCCCAAUGAUCUUAAGGCCCAUUUAUAUUUUUCACAUGAUCAGAUUCAAGUUGUGAUGGAUUUAAUUCACAAUAUCACCAGCAACAGUUUCAAUGAUCACUUUCAACUUUCUGUCAAUAGAUUAAAAAUUAACUUUGAUUUUGACACCGAAUGGGAUGAAAAUUUUGUUCCAGUAACAGCAACGGGACAGUUUUCCGUGGAUAACAUUUUUGAUCACAAACUGGAAUUAACGUUUUCGCACAUUAAAGAACAUAAUAUGUUCAGUACUCAACUCAUUGGACUUUGGGAUAGCCAGAUGUUUAAAUUAGAUUAUAAACUUAAUAGGAAUGAGCCUUUAUCAUCGCUGAACAGGUCACAACCGACGCCUCAGGAACCAGACCAUAUUACCCAAACUGUUAACUCUAAUUUUCACUUCAUGUCUCCUUGGACCAAAAGCAUCAAAGUUGAUGUUACAAUACAAAUGGUGGAUUCUGUACAAAAUACUGCAAUUGACGUAUUACUUGAUGAAGCUUCAGUUAUGAGGCUCAAAGUCCAGACACAAGAUCCCAUCAGAUGGUACCAGUCUGACGUCGUGCUGGAGGCCACGUCCUCCCUCUUUGACCAAAUUGACAUCAAGUGGAAGCACAGUCUGGAGUCGAAAAACUUUGUGCUCUUAGAAAUCAGUCGUGGUGCCAUGUUCCCGUCAAGUGACAAUAUAUUCUACUUCAGAGGUACAAGUACUUUAAUGUACAAGCAGGGAUGGCUAAAGCAGGAUUUUGAACAGCUAGAGAUCAGCGCUACACUUCACCAUGCAAGCUCACAAGUUAAUUUUGAUUCUAAACUAAGCAUUGACUCUCAGUUCAGAGGGAACUUUCAAGUGAAAUGGAAUGAAUAUAUAUUUUUAAUAACAUCAUCUGUAUUCGAAGGCUUGAUUUUCAAAGGCAAAGUUGGUGCUUCAGAGUUAGUCUAUGGACUGGAAGUGAAAUACGAGAAGGGAAACAGCACCAUCCCAGAUCUUUACUUUAAGUUGACAAAACAUAAAGACGACAUUCUAAUCUUGGCAAGUAAAUUUGAUUCAGUCUAUCCCAAAUUUGAUGCCUUGUUGACUGUAAGGGUGUUAGCGGAGACGAGCGGCACGGUCCAGAAUGGUCAGCUGAGGCUCACAGCCGAUCUCACAGAUAUCGAGAAUUAUAUUUUCAGUGGCGCUUUUAAACUGGAUUCUGAUUUUAAAGGGUUUGAAAAAUACUGGGCUGAACUAGAUAUUGGAAUGAAUGCCACGAAUGAGUUUAUUGGAGCUCACCUUCAUGGACUUGUGCAUAUUGGUCAUUGGCAUUACAAAACUAUAUUAAAUGGCUCACUUGAUUUUCAUCCUUCUUUCAUUGUAAAAUAUUUAAAUCAAUAUGACCUUAUUUACAAAGAAAAAUUGAUAGACACAAAAGACAUUAGUCUGUUGUUGAAUAUUUCACACAAAAUCUACCAGGGCAAACUUUCAGUUAAUUUUGGGCUUCAUAAACCUCAUUACUCUUUGUUCAUCCUCUAUAAUGAUGUGGACAAGCUUUUCAAUAGUUACAUUGUUCCUGGUGAAUCUAAAAAAUAUGAGAUGUCAAUUCAGGUCUUCAAUAAUAAAGUUUCUAUAAAUGUUCAGAUUACUGAUGGCGACGGAUAUAGAUUCCAAGUUCUUCAGGGAAACAUAAAUUGGAAUAUAAAAAGAAAAAAGAAGCAGUUUAGCAUUAAUAUCAAUUCAGAUUUUGAUGCAGUCAGGAAAAUAAUUGGCCAAGUUAUCUUGCUGCAAAGGAAAGACUUGGCAGCAAACGCCAAGUUAAGGGUUAACGACGAGAACUUUGUCGGCAGCUUAAGAUAUGUGUCUCAAGAACCACACAAUACCGGCCAAAUAAUAGUGAAAGUUGAUAAUCAUAUUUAUAUUCCCGUGAAAACUGAUGCUAAAAUAAAUUUUUCUUUCACUCAAGAUCAAUAUCAAUCUGAUUUGGUGGUUGAUCUAAAUGAUGAAAAAGAAUGGUUUAGAGCCGAUGUGAAAGCAAGUUUAUCCGAAUCACAUAUACAGCUUCAAGUUCCCUAUAAAGGGUUAGAAAAUAUAGACGUCUCCAUGAAUAUUAACGCAGAAGAUAAAUGGGGAGUUAAAAUCGCAUUACAAGUUCCAAAGUUUUGUGCCAAGUUUGAAGGUAUGCUUGAUAAGUCUUUAACAAAGUCAUCAAUAAGCUUAAACGUUCAAGCAGACUGCACAGAAACAAUAUUUGACUUCAAUUUCAGCUAUAACCUUAAAGAAGAUUCCUUUAAUGCAUUACGUGACUAUUACGCUGAAACUUAUGGCUUAAUGUAUAACUACAACGUUUCAAGUGCAGACUUCCCAUACUCAUUCCUGUUGACGUCAAGCAUAAAAAUAGAAGGACAUCUUUAUCCGGAUCAUUCGUUGGGUGUGGAAUUUUCAACGGAUUUCGAAAUAGAGAAAUAUACUCUGUUUAUUCGAGCAUAUGAAGUAAAUUAUAAUGUAACACAUUUCUUGUACAAGCAUUCCUUCUCGGAACAUAGCAAAGAAGUGUUCCUUGAAGUCAAUCAAAACAAAUUAUUUUCACUUGAAGUCAAAUAUGAUUUAAAUAAAACUCCGACAGAAGUCACUUACUUCCAUUCGUUGUUUGGGUCACCAUUAAACAUAAAAUUAUCAUUACAAACUAACGUAACUCAUGGAAACGUGGAGUUUCUUCUGACAACAAACGCACCAUUUGAUCACGCUGAGCUCUUAGCAACCUAUGAUCUCAGGGACAAAAACGAAGCUUCUCUUAAAGUAAGAACAACGCUGGGCGACGCUGACGGCAGGGCGGCGUUCCACAAGACGAACAGUUCCUUCUCUAUAACAGUUGACUUAAUCUCCAGCCUCCACUCGUCCCAUGAAUACUACAUCAAACUGGACCAUGAACACGAAGGUGAUAAUCACAAAAUUAAACUUAUCAGUGUGCAAGAUGACAUUGAGUUUCAGCUCAAGGGCUUCUCGCAUAGGGAAGAUGGCAGGUCUGUUCUCACGUUGAAUCUCUUAACACCAUUCAAGGAAUAUGAGAGUUUGGACAUUGGUAUCGGUUAUCCUGAGUCAGACACCCAGGAAACUUCCUAUGAAGCUCAUAUCCAUGCAGUUUCUUUAGGACAUUUGUAUGGGAUUGAUAUUAACCAUGAUCAUGAACCCUGGACACGUCAAAAGACGGAAAUCGUGUUGUUAUCCCCUUCAGAUAUGUUUGGUAAUAUCUCAGCCUCAUUGAUGUACGAGUUUGGAAGUCUCGCUGUUGCAGCGGCUCAACUUAAUACCUCUCAAGGAAGUCUGGGAAUAGACGGCACAUUUGUAGUCCUAGACAGAAACGCAAGCCUCAUUCUGAACUGUGACAUGACACUGUUGGAUUUCGGUCAAUAUUUCUUGAAGGCAAUCAUGCCUUUUGACCUCUUCCAUGAUGGUGAGAUCCGUCUUGAGCGCCGUCAUACAGAUUGUAAUUUUAUUGGUCACUUCUCCACUGGUCGUGCCUUGACACGUGCAAACUUCAGCCUCAUUUUAACCACUGAAGAACCUGUGCUGAAGAACACCUCUUAUGUGCUCGGUUAUAUCCUUGACACUUCCCUAGAGAUAAAUUGUCAAUUUAAAACUUGGAAAGUAAAUGCAGUUUUUGAGCUUGUAAAAGAUAAAGCAGGAGAGUUGUCAGGAAGUUUUAUGAUUAAGACGAACAUUCCCGACUAUGAAGAGGUGGAUGGAACUUGGGGCGUUGGCCACACAGCUCCCGCUUACUUUGCACAGAUCAAUAUAAAUAUACAGCAAAUGGGAACUAUAACAUUCAGCUCUACAGUUGAUAUCCAGCCGAAUGGUGCCAGGAAAGUAUUGGAAAGUAUGAAAGUAAAUAUUGUUUUUGGAUCCCCCUACACACUGACUCAUCAUCUACAGGCAGAAUACAAUACAGGCGUAUUCAGCAUUGAUGCCUCGUAUAAAUAUGGUCUUGAUAUCUUCCAUAUUAAAUUAAAUUCAAAACUUAAACGUAAAAUUGGUACAUUCUCAUUAACUGGGAAUAUUCCAGUACAAGGAAUUUCUACAUUUAACAUUGACUUCAAUUACAAAUUGAAAGAAGCCUUUGAGAUUAAUGUGAGUGGAGCGGUUGAAGAGGCAUCCUUACAGGCCGGCCUUCAGGUAGGCCCAGACGGAGCAGUGGGGUCAGCGACGGCCUCUGUAGCAUCACCGUUUAUUGUGCCAGUAAACGCAGCGUUGAACUGGUCUUUCAUUAAGAGUCCAUUGCAGCUUGAGGCAAGCUGUGCUUGGGGCGAACACACUUCAGAACUGAAGGUGAUCGCCAAGGACAACGUCAACUCUAAGCAGCUCGAGUUCCUGCUAACAACGCCAUUCAUCGAGUUUAACAAAUUAGAUAUCAGAGCCCAGUAUAUUCUCUCCGAGUCUAACGAGCUUCGUAUAUCUUUUGACAUUGGUGUGAAUCACCAUACCUUCAGUAUGGAAUCUACGUUCGUAGACAAUAUUACUGAUAACAAGGUCGAAAUUUCUGCACUUAUGAAUGCAUUUGAUAAGGAAGGAUCUCUCAAAAUAACAUUUGGGACACGUGGUAACGUGUAUGAAGGUAAAGUCUUCGCUACAGUUACUGGCUACGAGGCUUUCCACUUUACCAUUAGUUUGGAUACACAGCAUAUCCACUCGAGCGCCAAGUACGGCCAAAUCGGUGUAUUUAAUGUCAAUAUGAACGUCUCCAGAAUAAUUCUUGAAUUGUCUUGGGCUGAGCACAAGUUCAAUGUGACCUCUGCUCUAGCGCCACGAGGUGAUGGCUACCAGCUUGAGCUGAGUCUAACUAGCUCCGUAACAAAGCCAGUGACAGCAAAUAUUUCCUAUUCCCAACAUGAUGGUCAUAUCAAUUAUAUUGGUCACAUAACUGUAGGGGAAACAGUCUACACAGUAAAUGCUGCGGUUCAACUCAUUAUAGAGCAAUCUUCGCUAGAGUUUCGCUUUGAAUCCACUGAUAAUCCACGCACCCCAAUUAUUGUGAAGGCCAUGUAUGACUUAACAAAUUUCUUAAAUUAUAGAAUGAAUAGUAUGACCGAUCUGGCCUCGGCUUCCUUUGAAUGGGGAGAUGUACUAACAGUCGCCGUUAAAGGCAUGACCAGUAACAAUCGUGUUAAGAUCAAUAUCGAAAUAUCUACACCAUUUAAAUCCCUGCCUCAACUCCUCAUUGGCUACGAUGGGGAAUUCUCGUACGAGAAAUCAGCUGUUGACUUUACAUUCACAGUCUUUGUUGACUGGAGUAAGCGGAUCACUCUCACUGGCUUCUUCAAGUUGAAGAACGAACAGCUUGACCUUCACGGUGCCUUGACCACACCUUUUACAGCAAUAGAGCGGCUCUCUGUUUCCUUAAAGUUUAAUCCAAGUCACAUUAAGUUGUCCUUGGUUCACAAUAACGAUGAAUGGAGCAUACUGGGCGACUAUCAACUUUCUCCAACAUUUGCUUUGACACUAACUGGAAAAACACCAAUUUCUGGCUAUGAAGAAAUUGUCUUUGAGUCUUCUGCUGGCUUCAAAAAUGGUUUAUACAUAAUUAAAGCAAAUCUAUCCUGGCAAAAAAACAGCUCAGUAAGAAUUCAUGUUCAAGCAGAAAUGUGGAAUUUAGAAAUACAAGUGUAUACUCCAUGGGAAUUUUUGAAGGAAGUUAUAUUCAAGACUUCUCUGAGAACAGAAAGUGAAGAGUUAAUGUAUAGCGCUGCUCUAGAGUGGGAUUCAAUAAAUGCAUCAUUAACACUCAUUUACUCUCCAGUGCAGUUCAAGUUGCUUGGUAGAUACGAGGAGAACAACUUGGAAGUUGUGCUCGCCAGGCUCGACUAUAUAUAUGAUGGACAGGAAUUAAAAUCUGAAAUUGAAUUACAAACUCCUCUUAAAUCUUUUACGUCACUGGACGCUGCUCUCGAUCUGGGAUUAGAAGGGCACCAGUUCAGAAGUAAAGUCAUCAGUAAUGGUAAGACCACUGUAAUAGAGGGAAUAUUGUCUGUCACAGGUGGGAAGUUUACCGUGGAUAUUCCUGCUUUAGGAGACUUUAUAUGGAGAAUGGAAGCCUCCAACAUUUGGAUGAAAAUGGACACACAAGUAUCCUUAGUCUACCCACCGUCAAUUCCUCCACUAACCAUUAACCUCAACUAUCAGAUUAAUCCAAAUAGUGGACAAGGGAAACUGCACAUAAGGUUUGAAAGUUUAGACCAAUGGCUAGAGUCGCUAAACUUCACUAUUUCUGCUGAUCAUGUUCAAGCUUUUACAUUCAUUGAGGCUUCAUCAGCUCUGUUUUUGAAGUUCAAAAGUCAAGAAUUAUUACAAUAUAAUGUUAAUAUGAGCAGUAGUACCAAGAAUGGUCAGGCAUCUUUGGCUGUUGUUUAUAAGGAUAAGUUUACCAACAUCCCGUAUCAAAUGUCGUUCAAAAUUUCAUUACUGAACAUGUUCUUAGAAGAAGGAAUUGUAGAAUUUAUUUUAUCGAAAGGAGCGGAGCAAAUAUACAAGUUGUCAUACGAAACAACAUUUCCAGUUGAGGGAUCAUCUACUCGACAAGUAGCAUGGAAGUCACCUGACUGGGCUGCUGAUAUCCGGAUUACAAUUACUGGAACAUCCAAUAGAAUUUCCUUCUCUUAUCCAGACCCAUCAAUGAGACACACACUGCUUUUGACUUGGCCUGAAGAUUUUAAUUUGGAGAAGUUUACGGUUGGAGGUGAAAUUAAUUCGCCAUAUAUAGAAAAGAUCACCUUUAACGUGAAUUUUAUGGUUCAACAAAAGUUUUCAUUUUCACUGGACUCUAGAAUAUCUUACGGCUUGAAGGAUAUUUACGUGACGGGAAUAUUGCAGUACACGAGGAAGCUGCAUCAGGCCAAGUGCGAGGUUCAGGUGACAUCAGACUGGCUGGGUGCGCACUCCUUAAAGACCAACUUCCAUUGGCUCCAUAACAUUACCGGGAGCCUUAAGCUAGACAGCGGGGAUGAGAAGCACAUCGUGAAGCUGCACGUGAACCUCAGUGACCGCACUCUACAGCUUACUGCUAAUUCUCCUUGGCUUCCCUACCAAAAUAUACUCGUAACAGGAACAUUUGACUAUGUUCAAAAUGAAUCCUUAAGCAUUAGAUUCGAGGGUGAGAUGACAGGAGGCGCAGGAGGAGGUAAAGUUGCCGCCAAGGCUGAGCUUGGGAGUGGGGCCUCCAACACCACCUUGCUCGCAUCUCUCACACAAGACGGAGAAGAGCUUCUCAAAAUAUCUCUGAUGACCAAGUUUGAUGAGGAAAAUAUUAAGAUAGUAAUGACAGUAGAUAGUGUUAUUCCAGAGUUAUCUACUAUUUUCUCAUUUGAGUUUUCCGACCGAUACAGCUCAAGGGUUUUAAGUAUAACGGUGUAUAACAAAUAUCUUUUAAAACAUACAGAUUUAUUUAUAGAAAUCAGUAAAUAUUGGAGAAGCAGACAUACAAUUACGCUUUAUUAUGACAACUUACAAUUUGCUCUUUAUUCUUACUUGGGUACUGAAGACAAAAAUUUCAAUAUCGAAUUAAAAAGUGACUGUUUUAAGAUAAGAAUAAGUAGUACACUAGAACACAUAAACUAUAAAUAUUUUUCCUGGAAGUUGAAAACAUCUUUUGAAGCUUUACAAGAGGUUAAUAUAAGAAUAGUGUGGACAGAUAUCAUUGAAGACAUUGCUGUGUACAUUAGAAUGAAGAACGAUAAGGAAAUCAUCUUUAAGGUUCAUUCUUCCCCAGAUUCAGUAAUGGGUAGAAGUGUCUCUGUCUCUCUGACAACACCGUUUAAGGGUUACGAGAAGAUUGUUCUGGUGACUCCUCAGUUUGAUCCCAUGAACAAUAAUAUCUUCAGCGUGCUGCUGGAAUACCCAGGAGGAAAAGUGGGUAUUAUUAUCAGGAUGGAGCUUAAUGCUCGUUACCCAGUUAUACAAUUCAGUAUUUACCUCCCAUUUGAAAAAUAUGAAAUAUUGUCCUUUCAUAUGGAGACAACGUCAAUGAUGUCUAUAUUUGAACUGCGAGUUGGCAAAGUAGGAAUUACUUUAUCAGCAGCAAUUCCGUUGAAUACAGAUGCAGUUCAAGUAGAGUUUGUAGUAAGACUUAAUGAAAAUAGCAUAAAGACUAUUAUACGAGGAAUUGAUCAGUUCCAUAAAAUUAUAAGAUUAUCAUUGCAAGUUGAAUUUUAUCCUAAAGAUACUUUUGGUAUUGACUUAUUCUUGACAGAAUUUGAAUACAAACCAUGUGAAAGAAUUUAUUUUGCGAUGAGAACUGACAAAGAGGAGCUAAUUAAGGCUCACGUAGGUUGGGGGUCAGACAAAGUCUUUGCAAUCACCACUCCCAAACGAUAUCCAGGUUUCCUGAUUCUUAACUUGGAGACAACCAAGGAGCUUAAUGACUACGGUCUUCAAUUCGGGUUUGCCCUCAGAAAAGAUGGUUCUUGGGAAACUUACGGUUUCCAUGCACGUCAAGAAAUACUUGAAGCAGGCCGCCAUUUAUCACUCUCCGGGGAAGUUUCAGAAAGUCAGUUUCACGUUGAAGGAACUUUCUCUCUCAGUUCUCUGCACUGGAACGAGAGUUUAAUAUUUGAGUUAAACAGACGAAAAAUUGGUUACAAAGUUGUGUUGGAGAUGGAUCCUGGGCUCCUCAGCAGCACAUACGACGGUGAUAUCACUUUGUUUCUGCCUACUCGCAAGCUCCAUUAUAAAGCUAAUGCCACUCAUAGCUUUAGGGAGUUAGAAAUGUUGUCAUAUUUCGCUUGGAAUGAAUAUGAGACUGAAAAAGUACCAUUCACCUUAAGGUUAAAUUAUGUUGACAAUUCUUUGUUUGGACACACAAAGCAUUAUUUAAAGACGAUCUUGAGUCAUCCUGAUAUCAAGGACAUCGUCUUCCAAGGUAAUGUUACCCAGGCGCGAAAUUCACCACUGUAUGGCAUGGCAGAACUGAGAGAUGGAAAUUCUGCUGAGCGAGAUAUUGAGUUGGUGCUUGAGGUACAUCCGGCCUUAGACAACAACGAGCACAGUGUGUUAGUCAGCAUCUCACAACCCGCCUCAGGGUUCCUCCUUAGCUUGAGUGCAAGAGUGGUGGAGUCAGUGCUCACUACAGCACACUACACACUCGGGUACUGGAGUCUAUCUCAGGAAACGUGGCACAACUUGCAAAUCUCAACUGAUGUGAAUACAAAUGAUAGUGGAUAUAAUUUUGCAGCUAAAGUUUCAGCCCCUCAGAGUCAGUGGGGUUAUAGCUACAAAGGCAGCAUCCAUUCACGGGAUAAUUUAGUCAAGCUCAAAUUACAAGGAAACUCGGAACAAUUUGAAGAUUUUUGGAAGAUUGGCACAGACAUAAACAAGCAUUUACCCGAGCUGCUUUUGUAUUUAGAUGUUGGGCAAAAAUCUCAAGAAGAAUAUGAAGAAGGGAGAAUUAGAAUUGGCUUGCAUAACCCACUAGAGCUUGGGGCUAUACUAGACCACAAAAGAUUUGGCAAGCGGAGCCAAGAUUGUGCAAUAGGUCUGAGGCUUUUAACGUCGGAUAUCCUCCAGUUCAUCGUAGAAUAUGAUCCGUCAUUGGACUAUAGUGAUAGCAGUUUGUGGGCCCAGUUGACCUCACCUGCAGAUAAAAUGGUGAAGGCUUGGCAGCGUGAUGCAACCUUCACCGCAUCAGCCCUCAAACACUGGGUGUCAGCAGAGGCUCCAACUGUUGCUGACGUCCUGCUCAAUAAGCAAACUCUGCAAGCAGUGUGGGAGAGUGAGAAGGAGAGCUUCGGAGACUUCGUGAGGGACUACCAGGCAGUUGUCUCCAGCAUCAGUGAAGGCACCAUGGUCAUCUGGAGAGAGUUUCUGCACCCGGCGGUUCUCACUCUUCACCACCACGUUGGCAGCAUACAGGAACAGUUGGACGGGCACUUGCAAGACGCCGUGACGUCCCUGUGGCAACACCUGGAGACACCACUACACCGUCUGGAAGGAGGAUGGGAAGCUGUCGUAGCUCACUUCACUACUCUUCAUCACCAUUUGCUAUCAUGGUGGACUCAAGGUGUGGCGGCGGUGAGGGCGGCGGUGGUGGGGGCGGCGAGGGAGGCGACGCAGCAGGCGGCGUGGCUGGUGACCCGGGCCACUGAUGUCCUCCUGGAGGCCGUCGCUGCCACCCAGCCUGCCCUCUACACCCUCCUCCAGGACAUCAGGCAGGCCUUUAUAAGAUACGGAAGAGAACUUCACGGUGUCCUGGACGGCCACUGUUGGAGCCUCCUCCAGCAGAUGGCGGAGGAGCUGGCAGCCGAGGUGCAGGAGAGAGCCAGCAGCAAUGUGGACACCGUUAGAGAAUUUUUACAAUUGGAAGAAUAUUACAGCCGAUUGUUACCAGUGAAAAACAAUGCUAAGGCUUUGCUGGAAAACCUUUAUUCUGUAAUCUUAGCCGGCGUGGUGAGCGUGAAGGACGCUGUAAUAGAGGCCUCAGUCAUCCACUUCCCAAGUCUCGCCUCAGAGAUCUCCUCCCCUACAGCCGAUGAUGAUGAUGAUAAUGAUGAUGAUGAUGGUGAUGAUGAUGAUGAUGAUGAUGAUGUGGAGGAGGGAGCCCAAGAACUGGAGCCUGACGCCUCUACACAAGCUCGGGACAUUCUCCAGCUCAUUCAAGUGGCGUCUCUCCGAAAUUUUAAAAAAUAUCAAAGUGAUAAUUUGUUGCUCAAUUACAUAAAUAUAGCUGCGGGCAAUGUGUACGAACGGGUUGUGGCGGGUUGGCACCGCUGGAGGGAGGAGAUGCUUCACAACCUCGCCCUCCUCGAGCUGACCUUCCUGGCGCUGGUCGACGCUGGCAGGAGACUCCAGGGUGACGCCCACACCUUUAAGGAGGAACCAUUUAUUUUUGGUCCUAAAGAUGGCAGAAUUAUCAUCAACCAACGCUUACCUGUGUCUUGGAGAAGCUUCCUGGAGCCUCCUCAGUGGUACACACUUACUGAUCUCUUCCAGGAGGAAUCUGUUAUUGACGAAGUGCAGAGGUUACUUGCUGAAGGCGUGGACGAGGCAGAGGGCGCGUGGGAGGUGCUGGGCCAGCCCGGGGCGCUCUCUCCCCCCUUCGCCGCCACGGCCACCAUCAUGGGUCAACACAUAACCACCUUUGACCUGCACCACUACCAGUUCCUUGGUCCGUGCUCCUAUCUACUCACCAGAGAUUUUAUUGGUGGUGACUUUACUGUGAUCGGUGUGUACGAGUCUGAGGGUGGGAGGGUGAGGCUGGGGUCGGUGGUGGUGCACACUCACUCUGCUACAGUUACCCUCCACCUCAAUGGUACCGUUGACGCUUCUCAAGCUGCACCUCAGACAUUCACAAGUGGUGAGCGGUGUGGCGUCAAGCUGGGAGAUCUGCUGGUCACCUGCAGUAAGGUGUAUCAAGGCUGCUCCAUCACCGUCUCCGGCAGAUACUUUGGCAGACUGGCGGGUCUCCUGGGUAACUACAACUACGAGCCAUCAGACGACGCGCGAGGACCUGGUGGCGCCCGGGCUUAUAAUGUUGCUAACCUGGCCUCCAGAUGGGCGGUCUCCUCUUCACCUUGCUACCAGGCUAACCAGGCGGUGCAGGUGAAGGAACUGAGUGAAGCUGAGGGUGUGGACGAGUGCGCUCACUUAUUCCUCAGGGAGGAAGACAGUCCCUUCAGGAGUUGCUUCUCCCUUGUUAACCCGGAGCCGUAUUUCUGGCACUGUAUCAACACCUUCACUCAACGUGGAGUCGCUGACGAGGAGGAGGAGGAGGAGGAGGCUGCUUGCCAGGCAGCGAUGUCGUACCGCACUCAGUGCCUGGCCCAAGGCGUAUACUUGCCGGCCCCACACUACUGCCAGGCAGAUGUUGGGGUGGAGAGGGCAGCAGAUGCGGUAGUGCCAGCUGGUGGCACUUGUGAGGUGGACGGGGUGAGUGUGCCGAGUGGGUGGUCACUCACCUACCAAGAUGAGACUCAAGGCUCUGCAGAUAUUGCCCUCAUUGUUGAACUCGCCAACUGCAAUAAAGACAGAAAUUUGCAGCAGUUUAUGCAACUACUGAAAGUACAUCUCAGGAAAUCUAAAAUAAAUGAUGUGCGAUAUGCUCUGAUAACCGUACAGGGAGAAAAUGUGGCUCCUGCCUCCGCCUUCAUGACUGACGAGGAAAUGUCCACACUUCUUGGCACUCUUACUCUGGAAGGUCCCAAAGUUGACAGUGGUGGUCCAGAAGCUGUUAUAUCUGCUGCCACAAACCUCAGAUGGCGACCCGGAGUGUCUCGCAGCAUAGUGCAGAUGUCGUGUCGAGUGUGUGAUGAGGGCGACCAGGUGCUCGAGGCCCUCACACUCAACCAUGUCACCUUACAUAUCAUCUCCAAGUUCAAGGUUAACAUGAAUGGACCGAAUAAGAAGAAGAGUGCUGAAAUGGCUGCAAAGUUGAUUGGAUUUGACGAGAAGGUCGUCUUUACCCCCAAAGAUCUGAAGACGUUCACUGGUAGUGAGAAGCUGCGAGGAGUUCUGCAGGUGCCUGAGGGCUCCUGUGUGGCGGCCGCCCAGGCCUCCGGCGGCUCUGUCUUCAACAGUAAUAAAUGGAUCACCAAGAACAACGAAGCUGCGAAGAAAUUUUUGAGAGUGUUGAGCCUGCGGGUUGUUGUGAGCAGCAGGUCCCCGGAGUGCCAGGAGUGCCGGUGUGCGGGCUCCACCGCUCUCACUACACUCCUGUGUUACAAGUGUUCUCACACCUCCUAUGUCCAAGGCUUAUUAGAGGUCAGGGAAGCCCAGCAGCCACAGACGGGGCUGGUCGAUGAUAGCUUGACGCAGAGGAAUUACAGCGUCGAGUCAGACAUCAAACGACACUUCGCAGAACAGUAUAUUGAUAAAAAUGCAGCUUUUGCUUUGAUGAAGAAAGUAGGUGGAGUUGAAGAGGAAGAGGAGGACAGCUCCUCUUCCAGUGAGGAGUCAGAUGAGGAUGAUGGUAAAGACGGAGAGGAGGAGAAGAAGAAAGAAGACGUACAGCAUCAUGGGAAGGAAGAGGAGGAGGAGGAGGAGAAGCAGCAAGCAGAGGUGAACCAGCAAGGAGAAGAGGAGGAACAAGGAGGAGAGAAGGAAGGAGAAGGAGAGGAGCAAGGAGAGGAGGAGGAAGAAGAGGAGGAUCAAGGAGGAGAGAAGGAAGAAGAUAAGGUUCAAGGAGGAGAAGAGGAAGAGGAGAAUCAAGGAGAAGAAGAAGAAGAGGAAGAUCAAGGAGGAGAAGACUACGAGGAAGAGAGUUACGAUGCCAUUAACCAUUACGAUGAUCAGUCAUAAAACACAAGAGAUUAAUACCUUCAGUUAUAUAUACGGUUACAAAACCUAAAUUAUUACAUGUACUCUCAUAUGUAAUAUGUUUCAUAAGAUUCCUUACUGUAAAACAACUUACAUAAAAUAAUAUGUGGGUAAUUACUUACUGUGCAAUAUUACUUAUAGAUUAUUUGUUUAAACUUGGAGAUGAUUUGUGUACUCAGUGUCUAGCAUGUAUUUUACAGGAAACUUUUGAGUGCAAGUUGAAGUUAAUGAAUGAUAAUUUGUAAAAAUGAAUAAAGCCAUAUUUACAUGCACUUUAUUCAUCCCUCAUUUUUUUAGCAUAGAUAUCGAUGCUUAAAAUAAAAUUUAUAAUUUU